AUGUAUAAAAUAUCUCUUCAAUUCAAUUUUCAGAACGAUAAAGAAGGAAAGAAACACGAGAAAACUCGAAAAGAUUGCAAAGAAGAAAGUAAUAAAAUGGGAGAAAAGCAACAACAUAUGUUUAAUGUAAACGGGAUGAUGGCAUCAAAUGAGGUAUCUGCUCCUUCGUUGGCGAUCGAGGUUGCUUCAGAGGAAACAAUUCCGGCUGAUGCUCCACCACCAACAUCUCUCAAGAAGCAAGCUCUUGUUGGUGGGCCUUCAUUAGCCAGACGCGAUCGAAGACAAAGUAGUUCUUUAUUUUUGGUGUCUGCUAAUCGAGAACUCUUGGAAUUACCCAGUAUCAGAGAUGCUGAACCUGAAGCACAGGAAGAGAUAUUUAUUCAGAAAUUACGUCAGUGUUCCGUCGUUUUUGACUUCGUUAUUAAUCCAUUAUCUGAUUUAAAAUUCAAAGAAGUCAAAAGAGCAACACUGAGUGAACUGACAGAUUAUAUUAUGAAUUGUAAAAAUGUCAUUACAGAAGCGAUAUAUCCAGAAGUUAUCAACAUGCUUACUUGUAACGUUUUCCGCGUGCUAUCUCCACCGUCGAAUCCAACGGGGGCCGAAUUUGAUCCAGACGAAGAUGAACCCACACUGGAAGCUGCUUGGCCCCAUUUGCAACUGGUGUAUGAAUUUUUUUUGCGUUUCGUGGAAUCGGCAGAUUUUCAGCCAGCCAUUGCAAAACGCUAUAUUGAUCAAAAAUUUGUUUUGAAGCUUAUUGAAUUAUCCGAUAGUGAAGAUCCAAGGGAGCGUGAUUUUUUGAAAACAACCCUUCAUCGAAUUUACGGCAAAUUCUUAGGACUUCGUGCUUAUAUGCGCAAACAGUUUAAUAAUAUAUUCUAUACAUUCAUUUAUGAAACUGAACGACAUAAUGGUAUCGCUGAGUUAUUAGAAAUUCUUGGCAGUAUUAUAAAUGGCUUUGCUUUACCACUGAAAGAGGAGCAUAAAACCUUCCUUCUUCGAGUUCUUAUCCCUCUUCAUAAAGCCAAGUCUCUCUCUGUUUAUCACCCACAAUUGGCUUAUUGUGUGGUGCAGUUUCUUGAAAGAGAUCCUACCUUAACUGAACCAGUUAUUUUGUCUUUACUAAAGUUUUGGCCUAAAGUACAUAGUCCGAAGGAGGUAAUGUUCUUGAAUGAGUUUGAAGAAAUUUUGGAUGUCAUCGAGGAUGUUGAAUUUCAGAAGGUGAUGGUGCCAUUGUUUCAGCAACUUGCGAGAUGCGUUUCUUCGCCACAUUUUCAAGUUGCAGAAAGAGCUCUUUACUAUUGGAAUAACGAAUAUAUAAUGUCUUUGAUUAGUGAUAAUGCAUCCACAAUUUUACCAAUUAUGUUCCCUGCUCUUUACCGGAAUUCCAAAAAUCACUGGAACAAGACGAUUCAUGGACUAAUAUAUAAUGCAUUGAAAUUGUUUAUGGAAAUUAAUCAAACGCUUUUUGAUGAAUGCUCUCAGAAUUUCAAUCGUGAACGAGAGGACGAGAGCGCUAAAUUGAAAGAAAAAUUAUCUAACUGGGAAAAGAUAGAGAAGAAAGCUCGUGAAAAUCCUAAAUUUUUCGAAGUUAGCGAGCAGCUGGCAAACACUUGUAGCUCUCUAGCUCUGCUUUCAAUCAAAGAAGACGAAAGAAUGGAUCUAGAUCCUACUCAAAUCAAGCGACAAGCAGAACGCUAUGUACUAACCAUUAUUUUCAAUGCAGUUAAUCAUUUCCCAGACCGACCAUUUACACGUCGGAAGAGUGAUCUGCCUUAUGAUCCCAAUACUGAUCGUGCUCUAGAUGAGCAUCGGCGGCAUGAUUCUUAUCUACGCACUGUACCAAAUGAAUAA